AAAAUUAAACGCUUUUAGAUAAAAUGGGAUUAGGUUUCAGUCGGCAGGGUGAAGAAGAUGAGCCUGAUGAGCCUGUAGUGGUCAAUGAUCAUAACAUUCAGAUAGACGAAGAUAUAGAUUCAUUGGAGGAGUUCAAGAAGCAGGAGAGAGAGGAAGAAGAGGAAUCAAUUCAAGACAUUUCUUUUGAGGACGUCGACAAUAUUAACACAGAGGAGGAACCUAGUCCAGUGAGCUACCGAACCCUGGUAUAUAUGGUUGUGUGGGCCUGCAUGAUGUUCUGGAUGUUAACUCUGGGCUUCGUCAUGAUCACUGACAAUACGGCAACCAUUGGCGUUGAUCUCAACACUUCAAACAGGAGAUCUCAUACCUUGGAGAACUUAAAUAAGUUUAUAGGUUUGAUUGGCUCCUUCAUAAUUGCUCCGCUACCGAUGUUGUUUCCUCCUUUGUUUCGAAGACUACGGAUGAGAUUCUACGUGAGGAUGAUAUUUGGCGCUGUGGUUAUCCUCUUUUACCUGUUCACCUUCCUAACAGUUGUAUCCUGGAUACUCCUGGUUCAAGGUGAGAAUAUGAGAAGGUUGGCAACUACUAUAAUCCUAGAGUUAUGUGGCUCAGCCUGCGUUAUCAUCGGUUACUGUUCCAUCUUAAGAGAUGAAUGGUUCCGGCACCAGAACUCGAGAUACAGGUUCGAGAAUACAGAUGGAGGGUUCGAGUUCGAGCUUCUAGUUUUCAUUGGAACUGUCAUCAUCUUUAGUCUGGAGAGUGGACUUGUAGGAACUAAACAUAGACAUGAAGCAGAUCUAGAUCUGCAGGGGAAGGUUUCAACCCAUUUUCAAAACAUUCUUCCUUAUUAUCUUCAAUGCUGGCUUUUUCUAAUCUUUCUACAACACUACUCCAGGUUCCAUGUUGGUUGGUUUACGUAUAGACGGUGUAGACUGGAAGUUGAGAGAGAACUCAACCUUGCUAUGCUCAGUCCUAUACAACAGAAUAUCCUACGGAAACAGCCUCUUACCAAACGAAUUAUUGAAGGGAUGCUCUCAGUUCCAUUGUUUAGAAGAAGAUUGUGAUCAUCUUAAUCUGAAAACUCUUCUAUAAUCCUAAUCCAUUUCAUGAGUGGAUAAAUUCAUUAAGAGAUCAUAUACCUUCUUGGUUUAAACAUUUCUGUGCUUAUGUUUUGCUCCGAUAGGUUGUUAUGCUAAUGCUAGUUUAUAUUCUCUUUUUUAUGAAGUUGAGCCAAGUCGCUGAACUUUCUACCGUUGAUUCAAAUGCCUGUAUAGUUCUGGCAGUUUAGUUGUUUAGAUAAGAACAUGCAGACGAAAACUGAAUCACCGAUUCAAGAUCCCAUGCUCUAUAGAUGAUAACUAGUAACUAAGUAAAAGUAUUUGAAUCUUCGGUAGGCAAUUCAGCGACCUUGCUCAAAUUCAUUAAAUUCGAUCCUAGAAUAUUUUCUAAAUUUGAUCAAAGAUUUAUUGUAAACAUGAAUUAAAAAUUAUUCGUUGAUAACUACGAAACUUGUCCGUUGAUUUUAGAAACCUCAAAAUUUCAGCAUGAAUUAAUUUUAUGAAUUUCAGAUAAUAUUUGUUGACUACUAGCUUUUAUGUAAUUAAUU